CAGACUUGUCGCCGAAACUUCACGCUACAGGCACCAUGACUACAGCCCACAGACCCACCUUCGAUCCCGCACGAGGUAAAGAGGCCCUCCGCGGCCCUGCAUACCACCAGCGGCUCCUUCCUGCUCACACACACCUGAAGACUCGCCAAUCUGGUCAAGGCACCCAGGGCGAAUCGGCGCAUCGCGACUUGCGCGCUGAAUUGCUGCAGGCAGAGGCAAACCACUUCGCCAAGAAGCAAGGACUCCCCGUGAAUGAAGCACCAACCGAAAACGCCCCUCCGAAGCGUCAACUCGAGGGCGGCCCUUCAGGCGGCAUCGACGGAGACAUAGAAGAGGAAGAUCCGGAAGCGAAACGGCGGCGGGUAUUAGAAGAGACGAGAGAUAUAGACGCCGAUUCAGAUGGCUCGGAGGAAGAGAGUAGCGAAGAAGAAAGUGAUGAUGAAGACGAAGCUGCGGAACUGAUGCGAGAACUCGAGAAGAUCAAGAAAGAAAGGCUAGCACAAAAGGAGAAGGAGGAGAGCGAGCGCGCAGCGGAAGAACAGGAACAACGCGAGGUCGACAUUGCGCGGGGAAACCCCCUACUCAACCCAUCGGACUUUAACAUGAAACGUCGCUGGGACGACGAUGUUGUUUUCAAGAACCAGGCUCGGGGAACAGAAGAUAAGAGAGGAAAGGAGUUUGUUAACGACCUGCUACGAUCUGACUUUCACAAGAAGUUUAUGUCAAAGUACGUGCGGUAACUGCAUGCCUUGGCUGGCCGCCUCGCACGUCUCGCACUAUCUAGUGGAAUCCAGGGUUUCGGAUUCCUUGGGUGUCCUAUGAUAGCUGUCGUGGAAUCGAAGCUUUUAACCAGCACUUUGAUAUAUGGCGUUUAGCGUGGCUGUUUGAGCUGAGGUAUAGACAUGUACUUUAUUAAUGAUACCUCGUACUAUAAAUUGAACAAGAGAUAACAUUCUUAUCCUUU